AUGCCGCCGAACGUGCCAGAAGGUCAGAUUUUCAAGGCAACGUAUUCAGGCGUCCCCGUGUACGAAUGCAUAAUCAAAGAUGUGGCUGUUAUGCGCCGCCGUAGUGAUGCAUGGCUGAAUGCGACGCAGAUCCUCAAGGUCGUCGGACUCGACAAGUCACAGCGCACGCGUGUGCUCGAAAAAGAAGUGCAGAAAGGUAUCCACGAAAAAGUACAGGGCGGGUACGGUAAGUACCAGGGCACAUGGAUCCCGAUGGACGUGGCCAUUGCUCUCGCAGAGCACUACAGGAUCCGCGACGUGCUGGAUCCGAUCAUCUCGUUUGUGCCGUCUGAGACGUCCCCUCCUCCCGCACCGAAACACGCCAUUGCAUCCUCUGGACGGCUGAAAAAGUCGGCCCAUGACAUGCUCGACCCCUCUGCGUCGCGUCUGUCGAGCGAUGAGAACAGCAGUGAGAUUUUCCCGGCGGAGGAUGAAAAUGGAUCGGAGGGUAGUAUCAGCCCAUCACCCAGCGAUGUGAGCAGCUCAAGUCGCACGCCCAGCCCCAUUGCGGCGGAUGCAGCAAAAAUGGAAUAUCAUCCUUACACUGACCCGCGUAAUACGACGGCUAUGUACACGCCGAAUGGUCGCAUACCCACAGCCUAUGCUCCUGCAGCGUACCGUGAUCCCUAUUCCGUGCCUAUGCAGCCAUCCUACGACAACUUAGAUCCUCAGGCGCGGUACGCAGAGAUCAUUCUAGACUACUUUAUCAGCGAGACGACGACCGUGCCUCCGUUGCUGGUCAAUCCUCCGCCCGACUUUGACCCGAACAUGAGUAUCGAUGAGGACGAGCAUACGGCCUUGCACUGGGCAUGUGCUAUGGGACGCGUGCGUGUCGUGAAGCUAUUGCUCACGGCCGGCGCUGAUAUGUUCCGCGUGAACAGCAAUGGACAAACGGCCUUGAUGCGGGCAGCCAUGUUCAGCAAUAACUACGACUUGCGCAAGUUUCCCGAGCUGUUUGAGCUCUUGCACCGCAGCAUUUUGAAUAUUGAUCGGAACGAUCGCACGGUAUUUCACCAUGUGGUGGACCUCGCACUCAGCCGUGGCAAGCCCCAUGCAAGUCGCUACUAUCUCGAGACGAUGACCCGACGUCUCGCUGAGUAUGGCGAGCAGCUUGCCGAUAUUCUCAAUUUCCAAGACGAUGAAGGCGAGACGGCCUUAACUAUGGCCGCACGCGCGCGAUCAAAGCGGCUCGUCAAGCUGCUGCUGGAGCAUGGUGCCGAUCCCAAGAUCCGCAAUCGCGAAGGAAAAAAUGCUGAGGACUAUAUUGUCGAAGAUGAGCGUUUCCGUGCAAGUCCUGCGCGUGCUGCUAGCUUACCAUACGCGCCAAAUACGAAUGCCCCCCACACGUCUGAGGCAGGGCAACGUGCGGCGGGCCGAUCUGUCGGUCUGGUAUCGACCCUGCUGCAUGACUUGGCGGACAGCUACGAUACUGAGCUAUCUGUGCUUGAGCGGAAAUUGACGCAUGCACAGACGCUGCUGAUGCAAAUACAGAACGAGAUUUCGGACAGCAGUCGCAUAGAAGCCACACUUCUACCCAAAGGACAAGAAGGCGAAGACGCUUCCGCUCUACAGAGGCUUGCAUCACAUUACCUCGCUAGAAAGCGGCAUGCAGAAAGUAUGGCUGCACAACAUGCAUGGGAUCGUGUGCUAGAACAAGUGCAGCAAGCCCGCCCUGAUCUCACGUUAGGUGAAGCACCGACCGCUCCCACGGACGUGCAGCUGAUAUGUGCGAAAAGCUCUUCAGACUCCCUCUACGCCGAGCUUACCAUGCUUCGAAAACGUGCGGAUGACAUCGUCAAGCGGUACGGCGCCAUGCAACAGCUGCACUUUGAUACUGUGCGUGAGGAGGAUGCGGAUCGUACUAUGGCCAUGUACCGCCGCCUCAUUGCGACUGGAUGCGGUGGCAUCCCCACAUCUGAAGUCGAUGCUGUUGUCAAUGUACUUGGUGAUUUGCUAGAAGAAGAUCACCGCGCGAAUGCAGCGCCUGCGCCGUGA